AUGUGGCAAAAAAUUAUUCUAUGUUGUUUGAUUGUCACGAGUAUGGGAGAAAUUAGAAUGGACAUUUACGAUAUGAAAGAAGAUUCUAAAGAACGUCUUAAAAGUGAUGCGAGGGAGUUGGUUGAAACUUGUCUGACGAAUAAUUCGAGUACUAUAAUGAUCUCCAAGAAAUUAUUCGACUAUAAUUGGAAUCCAGACAAAAAUCCACUAAUGAUAAUCGACAACGUAUUCAAAAAGCAGAUUACAGGUUUUCUCCCUGCGUAUCCAACGUACGUGCUUUUUUUUCAGUCGAUCGAAAGUCUGAAGGAAAUUAUUAAUCAUCUCAAGAAAUCGACACUGUGGAGCAUUAAAUCACCCUUUGUGAUCGUUGAAACCGAAUCACGUUGUAAAAAUACUAGAAGAGUUCUAGAAUUCAUGUGGAAGCAGGAUUUAUUGUCAGUCUAUUACUUGUGCAACCAAAAAUAUUUUACGGUUAUCCUCACGCUUAAUCCUUAUGCAAGCUAUGCUCCAAAGCCGUGGGCCCUUGUUGAGGAAUUUGGCGGCAGUAACAAAAAUAUGACCCUCUACAGUUUACAAUAUUCAAAAGACCCAGAACUUUGUAAAAGUAUAACCUUCAAAAAGACGGAUCAUUUAGAAAGUGUGAACAUAAAGCUAACACUAUUCUCUCUUAAUAGAACCACGAUAAUGCAAAUAUCUCAUGGUGAUCAUGUAAAAAAAUUAAUAAAGUUAAAGUUAAUGAACAUAUUCCAGAUACCAGCUUAUAUUAAUACUACCCCAACAUUAGAGAUUAUUCAAUAUCCAAAUUCAUCUCAAUUAACGCAAGGUUUUGUUCAACAAUUAGUUGAUCAAACACAUGACGUUCAUGGAUCAUUGAUGCCGAUAACAGAAACUGAUUAUAAGUAUGUAGAUGUCAUUGCGGACUAUUUUCACGAGCAUGAGUUCUUCAUCUUGACCAAAAAGGCAGAUUUUUUGACAGUAAUCAGCGAAGUAUCUAACGAUGUAGACUUUGUAGUUAUGACAAUCGUGGUGUUCGUUAUGUUCACGAUAGCUAUGGUGCUCAUCAACAGAGAAGACAUAUGCGGGGCUUUGAUGGAUAGCGUAAAAUUAGUAGUCAACAUGGGACUUGAAUCUCCGCUUAACCGACUGGCGAUGAAGUUGAUAUUAUUUUGUGGAUUUCUAUUCGCGUUCUUGAUAGUUCCCAACUUUCAGGGCCACGUAUUUGCAAUCUUGUCAAAGCCUGUCAGACGCAAUGUCGAAACGCUAGAAGAUCUCUACGAGAAUAAGUUCCAUGUAUACCAUUAUGAUAAAGUGGGACGUGAUAUUAUUAAUAAACAGUUGUGGGUCACUAAUGAAGAUAAAAAAUACCUUCAUCCACGUAAUAGUUUGGAGAUGCAAGAAUGUUUUAAAAACGCAAAGACGAAUGUUACAAUAGCUUGUAUACAUUCAAAAAGAAGACUACGGUCUUUUUCUAUUGAUAACACCGACGUGUAUGUGUCGAAAACGCCAAUCUUCAAGAAGCAAUUCGUUCAUUGGGCCAGAAAAAACUGGCCCUUAAAGCAUAAGUUCGAUAAAAUGGCGUUGAAGACUUCAGAACCUGGGCUAGAAUCGAAUUUGCGUUCAGUAAGAUGGUAUGAAAGACUGUACAAGACCAAAAAAAUGAAGAAUAGGAUAGAGGCCAGGGAAGAGUAUGACAAAUUCGAUUAUGAUGAGUUGGUAUUCAUUUAUUAUUUUGUCGGAUUUCUUUCUGCAUUUGGGGCUAUGGUAUUUGUGAUUAAAAUCAUAUUGGCUAGAUGGAUUAGAAUUCAUUUAUAA